UUCUAUUUUGUGCAUGCAGUUGAUCUUAUUGAAGUAUGCCACCCUAACAACUGCAACAUAGGGUUGCUUGCCUUUUCUCCAUUGGGUGGUGGAAAUCUGAGCGGCAAGUAUUUAGACCAUAAUUCUGAAGCUGCUAAAAAAGGCAGGCUUAACCUCUUCCCAGGCUACAUGGCCAGAUACAUAAAUUCAUUAUCCAAGGAAGCAACUGAACUAUAUGUUCAAAUGGCCAAAAAACAUGGUCUCACCCCAGUCCAACUAGCUCUAGCAUUUGUACGUGACCGUCCCUUUGUGACUAGUUCAAUCAUUGGCGCAACUUCACUUGAUCAGCUCAAGGAAGAUAUUGAUGCUUUUAUAUCAACUCCUCGACCAUUGCCACCGGAAGUUGCAAAUGAUAUAGAGCUUAUCUUCAAGAGAUACAAGGAUCCAUCAAUCAUAUGAUGAGGUGUUCUUCAACGGUAAGAUAAAUUAGAGACUACUUACAUGGCAGUCAAUUGAUGGUUACGUGAGAAACAGUGCACAAGAAGAAGAAAA